AAUACGUUUAUAUGCAAAGAAGGCCCGCUCUCUUUCCAUGUGCUUUUCCUUCGGCUCUUUCUCUACAGUCAUGGUUCAUUCCAGUCUGAGACGUCUCUUCUGGAAGUACAAUCGACACCAGAGCCUUACAAACAUGGGCUGGAGCCGCUUCAUCAUUUGGUUUCUGUGGUUUUCAGUGAGCGAGUGCCAGCAGCUGUCCAACACUGAGCCUGUCAUGCACGGACAAAUCCAGUCUCCCCAAUAUCCUCGACCUUAUCCUCCCCACCUGCAAAAGCAAUGGGACCUCUGGGUUCCCAGGGGUUACCAGAUCCAGCUGUCUUUAACACAUCUGGAUAUUAAAGCUUCUGCAGACUGCAGUCAAGACUCUCUCACAUUUUUCUACGAUGAAAAGGUUUUGGGAAAGUUUUGUGGCCAAGGAAACUCUACUGAUCACCACGGUGACGAGACGAUCCUUUCUCCAGGCAACAGACUGACUCUCGUAUUCCAAACAAGUGACUCUACACCAGAGCAUCAACAACAUACUGGUUUUUCUGCCACAUAUAAGGCAAUAGACAUAGACGAGUGUUCCAAAACAGACCCAGGACUGGAUUCAGGUCCGCUUUGCUCUCAAAUCUGUAUCAACACUGCUGGGUCCUACCACUGCUCCUGCCACAGUGGUUACAAGCUUCAUUUAGACCAGCGCACAUGUCUGUUGUCCUGUGGUGGGUGUAUUUUUGACAAGCAUGAAGGACAUCUAUCCAGUCCAGGGUAUCCUAAACCCUCACCCCCUUUUCUCUCCUGCAAGUACAUCAUCUCUGUGGAGCCCAGAUUCAUCGUGACUCUCAACUUCAGAGACAAUUUUCACAUUGAUAAUAAAGAUAAUCAGCAUGGUUCAAGCUGCAAAGGUCACUUUUUAAAGGUGACCAUUCCAGGCAGAUUAGCUAUGAAAUUUUGUGGAACAAAGAGUCCUGGUGUGAUAGUUACAAACUCCAGUACAGUCAGGCUGGACUACCACACUGAGGAGGAAGGUCUGAGCAACGGCUGGAGCCUGCAAUAUAACACACAUGAGGUGAAAUGCCCGCACCCAGGGAGUGUGACAAAAGGCAGGAUCACUCCUGAUUUAAAUGAUUACUUUAGUGGAGACUCAAUCCAUGUCACUUGUGACCAAGAAUACAAGUUGAUGAUGGGACAACAAGAGAUUAAGACAUUCUCAGCCAUGUGUCAAAGCGACGGGCAGUGGCAACUCCCUCUCCCAACCUGCAUAGCAGUCUGUGGUCAGCCAACAAAUCAUAUAAAUGUGUAUCAGAGGAUCUUUGGAGGCCAAGACGCUCCAGAUAAUACAAUCCCCUGGCAAGUGCUACUGAGUGUAAGUGGAAACAGGGGAGGAGGCAUGGUGAUUGGAGACCGGUGGAUUAUGACAGCAGCAAGUAAUGUAGUGGAGAGGGGAGUUGUGGUAUCAAAUGAAUCUGUACGGAUUUUCAUGGGACUUAAUGAGGUAACAGCCCUCGAGAAAUCUCCUCUGCUAGCUGCCUCGAUCCAUGUUCACCCUGAGUACAACAACCCCAACAGUGUAGACUUCAACAAUGACAUUGCACUGAUCAAACUGGAAGACACACUCACAUUCAACUCAUCUGUAAUGCCAGUGUGUUUGCCAGAACCGGGAGCAACAUAUGAUACUGGCGUGAUGGGGCUGGUGUCUGGCUUUGGUCUUGUAAAUGAGAAUAAUCGUCGCAUUCUAACAAAUCAACUGAAGUAUGUUUAUCUCCCAGUGGUGGACCAGCAGACAUGCAGCGAUUCAUUCACUUUGGCAAGGAGAAGAAGUAACAGCAUAACAGACUUAACAAAUAAUAUGUUUUGUGCUGGACUCCCUGAAGGUGGGAAGGACUCUUGCCAGGGUGACAGUGGAAGCCCCUUCACUCUGACUAAAGAUGGGCAACACUGGGCUGCUGGGAUUGUCAGCUGGGGGGUUGAGUGUGGAAGAAAGGGCACAUAUGGAGUCUAUACCAGAGUCGCUAAUUACCUGAACUGGAUCAGAAGACCAUGCAGGAGAACUAAAAGUUACAGUAAUUCAGAACAACAAGGUGUAAAUAUACGAUUUGCACAAUAAACUGAUGUAUUAAUCUCUGAGUGUCUGUGGAGUUUGAUUUGAGAAUUUUUAAUCUAUAUUUCAUUAAAAGCUCAGUUUUUGAUUUUCCGCUUUCUGGAAACAACCAAAAAAUACUGUCUGUAAGUCAGUGCAUUGUCUUUAAAUCCCUGCAAAGCCUGUCUUUUACUACGUUUGAAUAAAGAUAGUUAAUGCAGA